AUGUUCCAAUCACAAGUCCCAGCAAUAGAACCAUUCGAUUGUGAAGGCGAUCCAACCUCCAUAAGUUUCCGGUGGGACAAAUGGAAACGUGCCCUAGAAAUAUACUUCGUAGCAACCAAUACCAAUGCUCAAAUUACAAAACGCGCCAUGCUACUACAUUUCGGAGGCAUGGCGUUACAAGACAUUUAUUUCAAUAUACCUGGUGCCCACGUGACUAAUCCUGAUGCGACUAACGUAUAUGACACAGCAAUUAAAAAGUUGGACGAGUAUUUUUCCCCCAAACAAAGUUAUUUAUUUGAAAGGCACAUUUUUCGGUUAAUGAAACAAGAACCAAACGAGAAGUUUGAAAAAUUCUUGGUUCGUCUAAGACGUCAAAGUUCUAAAUGCAAUUUCGCUAAUGCAGACGAAAAUCUUAUUGACCAAAUAAUAGAAAAGUGUAGCUCGAACAAAUUAAGGAAGAACAUUUUGGUACUUGGUGACACGGCAACCAUUGAAAAAAUCGUGGCAGAAGCAAAUUCCCUAGAAACCGUAGAACGGCAGCUAAACGAGUUUCACGAUAGACAGAGCACAACAACUACCACCCUAAACAAAAUUGACACUAAAACAACAAAACUAUAUUCUAAAAAAGAGGUUAAUUUCUGUAGCCGAUGUGGCAGUAAAAGUCACAAAAAUGACAAUAGUUCCUGCCCUGCUAUAAAUGUGAAUUGUAUGAAAUGUGGGUUCAAAGGUCAUUUUCAGAAACACUGUAGAACAAGGGCCAAUAAAAGAAAAAGUACCAACCUCUCGUCAAAUGAAAACCAUAAAGUUAAGAAACCCAAGACAGAAACCACAAAAAAUAGAGAGUCUGCAUCUGUAGACUAUAUUUUCCAUAUCGACGACGACGCAACAAUAGAUUGUCAGGUAGGUGGUGUAAAUAUAAAAAUGCUCAUUGAUUCCGGUAGUAGAUCAAAUAUUAUUAAUGAUAAAACUUGGGUAUACAUGAAACGAUCUAAAGUUAUAGUUUCCAACCAACAAAAGUCUUCAGAUAAAACGUUCCUGGCUUAUGGUGCCAAAAAUCCCCUUAAAGUGUUAGGCUCAUUUGAUGCACAAAUAAAAGUUGGUCCUAAAUCAUUAUUAACAAAAUUUUAUGUCAUAGAAAAUGGUUCAAGGAAUCUUUUGGGUAAAGAAACCGCCAUUUCUCUUGAUGUGCUGAAACUAGGCUUUGUCGUGAAUUCCAUUGAGGAAAAACAAUUUCCCAAGUUCAAAGAUGUUCAAUUAAACAUCACUAUUGACAAAACUGUUCCUCCAGUUUGUCAACCUUAUAGACGAAUCCCAAUUCCUUUGGAAUUAAGGAUAAAUAAGAAAAUAGACGAACUGGUUAAAAUGGACAUCAUUGAACCUGUAAAUAACCCAUCUUCUUGGGUUUCUCCGAUGGUACCGAUUCUAAAGUCUGAUGAUGAUAUUCGAAUUUGUUUGGAUAUGCGUGCUGCUAACAAAGCAAUUAUUAGAGAAAAUCAUCCCUUGCCUACCAUGGAACAACUUAUUCCCAAAUUUUGCAAAGCAACAUAUUUUUCAAAGUUGGAUAUUAAAAAUGCUUUUCAUCAGGUUGAACUAGAUAAAAAUAGCAGAAAUAUCACAACUUUUAUCACUAGUAAAGGGCUUUACCGGUACAAAAGGUUAAUGUUCGGGAUAUCUUGCGCACCUGAACAUUUCCAAAAAAUUAUGGAGAAAAUGUUAUUGCCAUGCGAAGGAGUGGUAAACUUCAUAGAUGAUAUUGUUGUCUUUGGACGUGAUAAAAAAGAACAUGAUACCAGGCUUCAACAUGUUUUAACAGUACUCAAAGACAAUAAUGUUUUACUGAAUAAAAAUAAAUGUAUUUUUAAUGCAAACUCUAUUCAGUUUCUGGGCCACGAGCUUUCGCAAUCAGGUAUUAAACCACUUGACAAAUAUAUAAAAGCAAUCGAGACGUUUAGACCACCGGAAACCAUCGAAGAAAUUCAAAGUUUUCUGGGCUUAAUCAACUAUGUAGGAAAGUGGAUCCCCAAUUUGUCAACCUUAACGGAACCCAUUCGGCAAUUGCUUCGAAAAAAAAUGCACAAAAAUGCUAAUAUCAUAACUUUUUGGAAAAAAGAACAUUCAACGGCGUUUGACGAAUUAAAAAAUUGUCUCUCCAAGAUUCCUACUCUUGGCUACUAUGACCCAAAUGAUCGGUCCCAAGUAAUCGCCGAUGCAAGUCCGGUAGGUUUAAGCGCUGUACUGAUUCAGUAUGAUGACAAUGGACCCCGCAUCAUUGCCUUCGGAAACAAGAGCCUGACAGACAUUGAGAAACGAUACUGUCAGACCGAAAAGGAGGCAUUGGCUUUAGUGUGGGCAAUUGAACACUUCCACAUGUACUUAUACGGGAAAAAGUUUGAGCUUAUCACAGACCAUAAACCUCUGGAGGUUAUAUUUGGUACGCGAUCAAAGCCUUGUGCACGAAUCGAGCGCUGGGUCCUUCGGUUACAAGCAUAUGAUUAUAAAGUUAUUUAUAAGCCCGGAAAAUCCAACAUAGCAGACCCAUUAUCACGUUUAUGUACGACCAGCAUUCAAAACAGUUCUUUUGAAGACGAGCAUCAUGUUAACCAGAUUGUUCAACACGCGCGACCCAUAGCAUUAUAUCUUAAAUCGAUUAUUGAAGCAUCAAAUGACGAUGAUGAGUUUAAAUUAGUAAAAGAUGCUUUGAUGAACAAUGCUUGGGAUGCUUCAAUAAAUAAUUAUAAAUUAUUUCAACAUGAACUCUGGUUACACGAUGGCGUCUUGUUGAGAGGAAACAAAAUGGUGAUUCCUACUAAGUUGAGGAAACAAGUGUUAGCAGCGGCCCAUGAAGGUCAUCCAAGUAUAGUCAAUAUGAAAGCUAGGCUGCGCACAAAAGUUUGGUGGCCAAAAAUAGACAAAGACGCUGAAAAUACCGUGAAAAGCUGCAGAGGGUGUACUUUAGUCUCGGCACCCAAUCCACCAGUACCUAUGAAAAGGCGUGAACUCCCUUCAAAAGCCUGGGUGGAUACAGCCGUUGAUUUUUUGGGUCCACUGCCAAGCGGAGAUCAUCUUUUAGUGAUUAUUGACUAUUACAGUCGGUAUAAAGAGAUCGAAAUCAUGAAAUCUAUUUCAACAAGACACAAUAAAAGUAUUGAAAAAAAUUUUUUCACGAGCCGGAAAUCCUGCAAGUAUAACAGCCGAUAA